CGCAUGCGCGCUGCAUUGUUUUGACUGAAAAUGCCGUCGGUUUCGAAAGCGGCGGCGGCGGCGCUGAGCGGGUCCCCCCCGCAGACCGAGAAGCCGACCCACUACAGGUAUCUAAAGGAGUUUAGGACAGAGCAGUGCUCCCUGUUUGUGCAGCACAAGUGCGCCCAGCACAGGCCAUUUACCUGUUUCCAUUGGCAUUUCCUAAAUCAGCGUCGGCGCAGACCGCUCCGCAGGCGCGACGGCACCUUCAACUACAGCCCGGACGUGUACUGCUCCAAGUACGACGAGGCCAGCGGCGUGUGCCCUGACGGCGACGCGUGUCCAUACCUGCACCGGACGACGGGGGACACGGAGCGCAAGUACCACCUGCGCUACUACAAGACGGGCACCUGCAUCCACGAGACGGACGCCCGGGGCCACUGCGUGCGGAACGGGCUGCACUGCGCCUUCGCCCACGGCCCCUUGGACCUGCGGCCGCCCGUGUGCGACAUCAGGGAGCUGCAGGCCCAGGAGGCCCUGCAGAACGGCCAGCUCGGCACCGGGGAUGGCGUCUCUGACCUGCAGCCUGGGGUCCUGGCCAGCCAGGCCCUGAUGGAGAAGAUCCUGGGCGAGGACCCCCGGUGGCAAGACACCAACUUCGUGCUGGGCAGCUACAAGACGGAGCAGUGCCCCAAGCCACCGCGCCUGUGCCGCCAGGGCUACGCGUGUCCGCACUUCCACAACAGCCGCGACCGACGCCGGGACCCCCGGCGGUUCCCGUACAGGUCCACCCCCUGCCCCAGCGUGAAGCACGGCGACGAGUGGGGCGAGCCCUCCCGCUGCGAAAGUGGGGACAGCUGUCAGUACUGCCACUCGCGCACGGAGCAGCAGUUUCACCCCGAGAUCUACAAAUCUACCAAGUGCAACGACAUGCGCCAAACCGGGUACUGCCCUCGGGGCCCUUUCUGUGCCUUCGCACACGUGGAAAAGAGCCUUGGGACAGCCAGCGAUUGGGGCUGCCGAGACCUCGCCUCCAUCAGCGGCCCCGCGGCCCCCAGCGGGCAGCCUGGACACCCAGUGCUUUUUGUGUUGCAGACCAAGCAGAGAGACUCACCUGCCGAAGGCAGCCAGAAAGCCGGCGAGCAGGACAGUAAGCAGAGCCACCUGGCUGUACUGGCUGUGGUUCACCCGCUCGCUCCCAGCAUGAGUUCCAGUGUGGCGUCCAGCCUGGCGUCCAGCACGGGCUCAGGCGGCUCCUCGCCCACCGCUCUGCCUGCCCUCUCGGCCCGCGCCCACCCGCUCGACCCCACCGGCAGUGCCGUCGAGGCAGUUCCAAGAUCUGCGUUAGACCUUCACCUCGGUGACAUCAGCCUCGCUGCCCAGGAUAAGGAGCUGGAGGAGCACGACGGCCGUGACCUGGGACCCGCGGGUCAGAGGUCACUGGGGGGCUCGGCACCUGUGGCCAUCCCAGGCUGCCUGCCCCGCUCCCCGUCCCUGCACUCGUCGUCAUCCCUGUCUGCCUCCCCACUCAGCUCCCUCUCCCAGUCCCUGUCAGGGCCACUCGUCUCCUCGGCCAUGACGCCCCCCCAGCAGCCGCCACCCCUCAAGUCAGAGCCCAGAGCACUGGGCCCCUCGGCCCCGUCCUACAGCUCCUUCGGUUUGAAUGGUGUCCCCGGCAGCAUCUGGGACUUUGUUUCCGGCAGCUUCUCUCCCAGCCCGUCCCCAAUCCUGAAUGCUGGCCCUGCAGCCUCUUCAGGGGCAAGUCCUAACAGUGCCGAACUGGCUCGCGUCCGUCGGCAGCUGGACGAGGCCAAGAGGAAGAUCAGGCAGUGGGAGGAGUCCUGGCAGCAGGUGAAGCAGGCCUGUGACGCCUGGCAGCGGGAGGCCAAGGAGGCCAAGGAGCGGGCGCUCGCGGCCGACAGCGCGCGGCAGGUGGCGCUGCAGAAGAAGGAGGAGGUGGAGGCCCAGUUCCGGCGGCUGCAGGAAGAGCUGGAGGGCCGGGGCCUGUGCUCAGCGCUCCCUGGGCUGCGCGGCUGCGGCGACAUCGGUGCCAUCCCGCUGCCCAAGCUGCACUCGCUGCAGAGUCAGCUGCGUCUGGACCUGGAAGCCCUUGACGGGGUGAUCUUCCAGGUCCGAGCGAAGCAGUGCGUGGUGUGCGGGGAGCAGGCCCGCGGCGCCGUCCUGCGGCCCUGCCAGCACCACGUGCUCUGCGAGGUGUGCGCGGCCGGAGCGCCCGAGUGCCCCUACUGUGCGGGCCAGCCCCUGCCCUGGUGACAGCCGCCACCUCGCCCACCGGUGCCACCGAGGUCAGGACCCCGGCCCGUCCACCCACCCGUGGUCUCGUGCUCUCGUCGCAAACCCAGCAGCCCUGCACGGCCCGCCGGCAGGGGACCUCGCGGGCGUGUGGGCCAGGCGCCGUGACCGGAUCCUGGGGGGUCGGGGUCGAGAAGCACUUUGCAGCCCGAGGAGUUUGGGCGGACGGUCCGAGUUGCUAUGAGCUGCUUUUAGGUUCGUGUUUUUAACAUGCGGUGACAUGAAGCUUUACACGUGUACUGUGAACGUGUGUCAUCCGGUCUCAGUCCAUAGUCCAUAUGUGUUUUCGGGUCACAUUCUGAAGUUAGCCUUUGGAAGUGAGCGUUAAUCUGGUGAGAAAUGCCUAGAUAGGAGUUGGACCAUUUUCAAAUGAAGUGCAAACCCAUAGUGUUUCUAGCAGAGGAACUAUCACGGGAGGCGCUCCUGUAGGCGGUUUUAACUCUCCCAACACGGCCCGUGAACUGCAGCGGCCGCCGAUGCCCGCGGGCUCCCGCGCAAGUGCCUGUGCCUGGGAAGGGCGGGGCCGCGAGGGGGCGGUGGGCUGGGGCUGGGGGUCCCGCCAAUUGGACAAGGUGCGCGCCAACACUGACGGCCGCGGGCCCCCGCUUCCCAGAGCUCGCUGGCGGGCAUCCCGGCCUCCAGGGUGACGCUGUCGCCUCAUCUUUGUCCAAGUGGCCUGCCUAUUCGCGUGACCAUGACGUUGGGGAGGACCCGGCCGCCGUGGGGGGUGGGGCGGUGGAAAGGCUGCUGGACACGGGUUGGAUCUUAGGGCAGACGUGUCUUCCGCGUCUGCUUUGGGUCCUGGGAGUCUGGGAGGAAGUGGAAGUGUCUGUCGUUGGUCCAGACUCGGCGCUCGGUGAGGCAGACGUAGAUGGGCACCGCAAUCGCCCAGUCUGCCACUGGGCGCAGAGCAGGGACCAACCCAUCCCGGAAGGGACAGGGACACACCCCACCGGCCCCGGGCUGUGCCAAAGACUAUAGAUAGAGCAUUUUUGUAAGUGCAAAGUGAGUUUUUAUCAGUGACCAAAUUAGAAUGUAUUUAUUAUAGUGAGAGGUUUCAAGCCUGUUUUCAGGAGACAGAAAGGAGAGCUGACACUUAGAGGCCGGUCCAUGGAGUGCGCAGCGGGCCGGCUGCCGAAGGGGACAGACUCGGCUGCCGUAGUUCGACUUGGUUUUUAAUUCUAGUAAUGAUUGAUUAGCUCUUAGAAACUACGUAUAUUUUGUGCUACUGUUAUCACUGUUUAAAAUUAUUUUUAUUAAUAUUUAUGCACCUGUUUCCCCCUCCAGGCCUUUGGCCUUUUGAGGGAGAACAGGGUAGUUUUAUUAUCAACAUCCAGCCUGGACACUUUGCAAUUGUAAAGGAGAACCAUGAAGCUUUAGGUGUGUUUAUAAGCUACUCGGGUCAGUUCUUGCUGGGGAGCUCGGCAGACCAGAGGGCCACGCUCCCGGCUCCCACGGCUGGGGCGGGGUGGGGCGUGGGCCCGAGAACCGGGGUGCAGUGGGAAGACCAAAGAACUGCCCAGACUCCACCCUGGCUGCGGGGGCCACCCUGCACAGGCCUCCCAGUCACAGCUCGGCCAGGCCCGGCGUCCCAGGGCGUCACUGUCCUGCCGGCGGGUGGCGGGAGCGCCGUGUAUGGGAGCGGGAGUCACGUGGUGCUGGGCGAGGCCCCGGCUCUUGCUGCCCAACUCUUGUCAGCUCGUGUGUGGUCGGUGUCAGCAGGAGACCUCAGUGUGGGUGCUUCACGUGGGUUGAGUUACGGGAGCCCCAAUCUAUACCUUUGCUUUGAGUAUUUAGAGGAGAAUGUUACCAGAAUGGAGUUUUAACCCAGAAGGUAGUAUUUAUAAUGCGUAAUCAUUUCCUUGUUGUGAACCGUUUAAAUGUAACACUUGUUAAAUUUUUUACACUAUAGCAUUUAUGCAAUGGUUUACAGAAUUCAUGGAGUUAUUUUUAUCAGUAUGGAUAAAAUGGAAAUUAAAACUCAAUCUUUAUCA